AUGUGCACACUCAAAGGUUUCGAUCUGCUGGAGGAGUUCCGUGUUCCCGAGGUAAAAGGGGUGAGGAGAGUGGAUGGCUCUCAGCCUGAGGCAGUGGCCUACCGGGUCAACCCCUCCAUCCACCUGCAGAGGACCAUGAGCGAUGUGUAUCCAGAUGGACUUCCCACAGACUACUCCAUCAUCGCAACGUUCAAGGUGACCGAAGACGCCGCCGAGGCCUCCUGGAGCCUCUGGCAGGUCAGCGACCCCGAGGGACGGGAGCAGGUGGGGCUGCGUUUCCACGGCGACACGCGCUCGCUGGACUUCUUCUACGCCGGCCCUCGGGGGAGCCAGAUGCUCAGGAGCUUCCACGGCGUGGAGAAGCUGUUUGACGGAGAAUGGCACAAGCUUGCGCUCAGUGUGAAAGGCAGCCGGGUGAAGCUGCUGAUCGACUGCGAGGAGGUCCGGGUGGAGUCCAUAGAUGAGCCGAGGCCGGUCAUUCGCCAGGGGUACACCGCCAUCGUCAAACGGGCUGCAGGACAACGCAGAGUGUCUGUGGAUCUGCAGCAGGUCGAAGUGUCGUGUGAUCCGGAGAAGGCGUAUUCAGAAGGCUGCUGCGAGCUCGCCAGUGUGUGUGGAGGGUAUGCAGAGAUCGGUCUCACUGCUGGAAGAGCAUCUUGCAAAUGCAUGCAUGGUCAGCCUGGUGUUCAGGGUCCGCCGGGGCCAAAGGGUCACAGGGGUCUUCCAGGAAAGGACGGAGACCAAGGACGGCAAGGAAACUGGGGGAUCCGUGGGAACACCGGGGAUUAUGGGAAUAUUGGCGAGGCAGGCACGAAGGGUGAAGAGGGGAUCAAAGGCGAAAAAGGAAUGAGAGGACUCUGGGGCCAAGUGGGGGAUCGAGGUCCUAAGGGGCUGAAAGGAUUAAAAGGUGCCUCAGGAUUCAAGGGAGUUCGGGGACCUCCUGGAGACAUCGGAGAGACAGGGAAACCCGGAGAAGUUGGCAGCAAGGGGGACAGAGGCUUUGACGGGAUCCCUGGGUAUCAGGGAGUGAAGGGUGAAAAAGGCGGUAUCGGUAAAACAGGGCGGCCUGGGAGCAGAGGAAAGCAGGGAAUUGUUGGAGAUCCAGGAGAGAGAGGAGCUGCAGGGGAGAAGGGGAAGCCGGGUAUUCCAGGGCCAGUGGGACGAGACGGAGUCAUCGGACUCAAGGGAAUCAUUGGAGAUCCGGGUUUGCCUGGCAGAGACGGUGAUCCAGGAAUAGAGGCUUAUCAAGGGCCGCAGGGCCUCACUGGGAAACUGGGACGCAGCGGUCUGAAGGGGGAAAAAGGCCCCCUGGGGCCUGCAGGAGAAAUGGGUCCCCAAGGCCAAACUGGCCCAAGAGGUUACAAGGGUUCUGCCGGGAAGCCAGGACGACCUGGAUUUAUCGGCCCACCUGGACCGACUGGACAUGUUGGUGUGCCUGGGAAAGCAGGGUCCAAGGGUGGCACAGGAAUCCAGGGGAUCAAAGGAGGUAAAGGUGCACAGGGAGAAAAAGGCGUGAAGGGCCCAAAAGGACGGGUUGGAGACCGGGGUGAGCAGGGUCCUCAGGGAGGCCGGGGGAAGCGCGGCCCCGCAGGCCCAGAUGGACGCUCAGGUCCUGCUGGAGUUAAGGGGGUUCGAGGUGAAGGAGGACCAGAUGGCUUUCAGGGGCCUCCAGGCCCACCAGGUCCCGCGCUCCCAGCCCAACACGUGAUCGAGGUCUGUAAGAAGGUGGUCCUGGAGCAGAUGUCCACCUUUGCUAACUCCGUGAAGAGAACAUGUGCCGCCGUCUGCCCUCUGUACGGAGACGUUCCCAUGGGCGCCCCCGGCCCGCAGGGCCAGACGGGACCCCCCGGACCUCCUGGGGAUCCUGGUAACGACGGUGUUGAUGGAGAAGUGGGACUACCGGGAUUCUACGGAGAAGCUGGCGACCCGGGCCAAAAAGGAGCAAAAGGAGACAAAGGAGAUCAAGGUGAUAAAGGAGCUAAAGGUCAUGGCCUUCCUGGCCACACUGGAGACCAAGGAUCUAAGGGUCAGCGCGGACGUCCCGGCCGGGCCUUCGACGGCCAGCCGGGGAGCCGGGGGGCCAGGGGUCACGUCGGCCGGCCCGGACUCAGGGGUCACGCGGGACUCCGGGGACCUCCGGGGGUCUGCGUCACUUCUGGCUGCGCUCAGCCUGCCGCCGCCGCCGCGGGGACGCCUCAGCCAGCGCCGCGGAGGUUGAGGAAUCGCUCAUAA